CUUAUGAUCAUUCUAUACCAAUUGUACGUCCAACCUCCAAAUUCUUCUUCUGAAUGAUUUCUAAACGUGUUAUUGCUUGAACCAAGAUUUGUCUUUUCUUAUCCUUUUUCCAAACAUCAUCAUUCACGAAACUAAAAAACAAAGAUUUCAAGGACUUAAAUCAAGAAAUAACCCCCCAAAUCUAAUCCAAGAUUGCUUGGUUUAACAUACAAAACACACUGAAAUUUUCCUUCAAAACCACACUCCAUUUUCCCACCUUCCAGUAAUUUCUUCUUCUUCUUGUUUAUUCUCAAUUCAUCCAUUUUCCUUCUAUUCAUGGAUUUCAAGACUGCCCCUUUUCUUCUAGUCAUCUUCUUCAUCAUCUUAACUCGCCAAACUCUGUCCUCAGAUCAGAACUUUGAAGCUUGUGCUCCAAAAUCCUGCGGGAAAGGUCCAAAUAUAAGCUACCCUUUCCGGAUAGCUAAUUCACACAGCCCCUUCUGUGGAAUCCCAAGCUUCGAUAUUGCCUGCAAAGAUGAAAACCCAAUUAUCAGAAUUGCAGAAGAGGAUUAUAUUAUCAGAGAUAUUUCCUACAAAAACCAUUCUUUUCUUUUGACAAAUGCUGUGGUUAACGAUUUGAACUGCCCAACUCCUCUUCAUAAUUUGAGCCUCCAACGAACCCCCUUCAGUUUCAGUUCAAAUCCUAAUGGGUUCUUCUUCUUCUACAACUGUACUUCCCUUCCUCCCGAUCAUAGCUUCCCAAUUGGUUGUUCUAGCACAAGAAAACUCCAUUCUUUUGCUUCUUUCAGUGAUGGCUCUUUGGGGUCCAUUAACUCCUCUUACCAUUCUUGUCAAACCUUGGUUGAGAUGCCUUUGCACUUCAGUAAUGAGGAAAAGGUUUUUAAUGAGUUGUACAAGAAGAGUUAUUCUGAUGUCUUGAAGAUGGGAUUCAGUUUAAAUUGGAGUGCUCAAAAUUGUAGCAAAUGUGAGACAAGUGGUGGCCGAUGUGGAUUCCAAAGCAACAAGUUUGUUUGCUUUUGUUCUGAUGGAUCUUAUCUCGAAACCUGCAAACAGGGAAAACUUGAUAUAUGGAAAAAGGCCAUCAUAGGUGCAACUCCUUUGGGAAUUACUAUCAUUGUGAUAAUCUCCAUUAUCAGUAUCACCAUACACUACACGAGAAAAAGCAUAUCAAACGAAGACAAAAUUGAAGAAAGUAUAAGAAGUUAUUCUACACAAACGCCCCAGCGAUAUAGUUACUCAAAGCUCAAGAAAAUCACAGACUCCUUCAAGAACAAACUUGGUCAAGGAGGAUUUAGCACUGUCUACAAAGGAAAGCUACCCGACGGACGCGAUGUGGCUGUGAAACUUUUAAAUGAGUCCAGUGAAAAUGGCCAAGAUUUUAUGAAUGAAGUUGUUAGCAUCACAAGAACUUCACAUGUUAAUAUAGCCUCAUUCUUAGGUUUUUGCUACGAGAGGAAGAAAAGAGCUUUGAUUUAUGAAUAUAUGCCUAGAGGGUCAUUAGAUAAGUAUUUAUCCCACAAAGGGCCACAGAGAAACAACGUUGAUUUGGAUUGGAACACACUUUAUAAGAUUGUUAUCGGUGUGGCUCGAGGCUUAGAGUACUUGCAUCGUGGUUGUAAUACAAUGAUCUUACAUUUUGACAUCAAACCACACAACAUUCUUUUGGAUAGUGACUUCUGUCCCAAGAUCUCAGAUUUUGGGCUUGCCAAGCAAUGCAAGGCCAAAGAAAGUCAUGUGUCAAUGACAGGCGUAAAAGGGACGGUGGGAUUCAUUGCACCCGAAGUAAUGUUCAGGAACUUUGGUAAGGUUUCUCACAAGUCUGAUGUUUACAGUUAUGGAAUGUUGGUUCUGGAAAUGGUGGGAGCAAGAAAGAAGCCCAAUGAUGGAAUGGAGCAGAGGAGUGAAGAGUAUUUUCCUGAUUGGAUAUAUAACGAUCUUACACAAAGUAAAAUAGAUGGAGGCAGUUGGUGGGGAAACACUGAGGAAGAAGAAGAAAUGGCAAGAAAAAUGAUAAUCGUGGGUCUGUAUUGUAUUCAGACAUUGCCCGACAAGAGGCCGUCGAUGACUGAUGUAGUUGCAAUGUUGGAAGGAAGUGUUGAUGGGUUACAGAUUCCACCAAAACCCAACUUGUUUGGACCUCCGGCCAAUGUGCAGCCCCAACCUUCUGCUUCUUCUUCAUCCGAUUGGGAUUCAGUUUAAAUUGAAGUGCUCAAAAUUGAGACAAGUUGUGGCCUUUGCUUUUGUUCUGAUGGAUGUCAUCUCCAAACCUGCAAAGAAGGUAACUUUCUAGAAAUAUUAGUUGUGUAGAAUAAGAAACGACUUUUGUAAGAAUGAACUAAAAAUGUUCGCUCAAAGUUAUGUAAAUUUUCGUUGUCGUUCCAAAUUCUUUCACUUUUCCCUUCUUCGCUCACGGUUUGUUUGGUGUUGGAUCCAUUCUGUUCUGUCUUUGAACGCCUAAUCUUAGGUUGAUACACCAACAUACAGAAGCACAGCAACAACCAAUCUCCAUUGAUCGAAAGCUUCCAGAUUUGAAUAUAUUUCUUCCUUGAAGUCUUACAAUUGGCCAAUUCAAGAAGGAAAGCAACUGUAGAUAUAAUUAAUGGUGAAAUCUUCACUAGGCUGGAGUGGGGCCUUCACUCAUCAAUGAGGAUGACUCCCACUUCUGAUUUCCCAGAUCAAUAAAAUUCAUAAAG